AUGACCUUAUUAAUUAAGAAAUACCAAAAGCGCUGCAGAAUUUUGACAAAGAAAUUAAAUAAAAUAAAAGAAAAUCAGGCAUAUACUGUUUGGGAAGAAAACAUUGCAUUACCUACUCAAGUUCCUAUUCAUACACCUAGUAGCCCUGAUGCUGCCAAAGAAGCGACAACCGAACAAGGUAUUUUAAAGUCUUCUGGCAAUUUGAAACGUAGACCUAGUUUAGAGUUUCGUAAAAAGUGUUUUAAAGACAGAUUUCAGCAGAAGAUUAAGCAAGGCAAUGAUAGCAUCCAAGAAUUAAUCAAAAGUUUUUAUGAAGAUGACAUUAACAGCCGCAUUGGUGCAGGAAAGAAACAAUAUGUAAAAAAAUUUGGAAUAAUAAAACAAAAACGGUAUCUGCUGGAUUCUGUUAAAAAUUUGCAUAAAAAAUUUCUUGAAGAGAAUCCUAACAUACUGAUUAGUUAUGUAACAUUUACAAGACUACGCCCAUUUUGGGUCUAUUUGCCACGAGAUGACAGGGAAACAUGUGCAUGUAUGGCACAUACAAAUAUAGAUCUAAUGAUUUUAGCUUUAAAGAAAAAUAAAAUAGUUGACAUAAGGAAUUACCGGGAUAUGCUGCACGUUCUUUGUUGCGACAAAUACAAUAAAAAGUGCGUUGGCAGAGAUUGUAAAACUUGUAAAAACAGAGUUAUAUCGUACAAUGAAUUUAAUAAUACGGACGAAAUCGAGUACCAUGAAUGGUGCAGAGAUAAAAAGAAAUUAAGCUCCAAAGAAAUAAAUAUAGUGAAAAAAUUUACAAGGAAAAUAAUGCCUAAAGACCUGAUACUUAAACUUGAGCAUUCCCUUCCGAAAUUCUUUAUUCAUACUGUGAACAUCCUCAAUCAACAUCAAGCUGUUACUCUAUUGAAAGAAUCCCUUAAUCAUGACGAAACAUUACUCCACAUGGACUUUUCUGAAAAUUAUAGUUACAAAUUUGCUGAAGAGGUGCAAAGUCUACACUUUGGGGGUAGCCGGGGACAAGUAUCUCUUCAUACCGUUGUAGCUUAUCUCAAAGAAGGAAGAGAGACUGUUAACCACUGUCUGUGCACGGUCAGCGAAUGUACACGGCAUGAUUCCCCUGCAGUCUGGGCACACUUACAGAAGGCGUUACAAUUUGUGUUCGAAAAAUGUCCUUAUAUUACCACCGCCCACAUUUUAACAGAUAGUCCAACAAGCCAAUACCGAAAUAAACAAAUAUUUUACAUAUUGACUCAGCUCCGCGAUACCUUCCCAUCGUUAAAGCUAGUUACUUGGAAUUACCAAGAAAGUGGUCAUGGCAAAGGCGCUCCUGACGGCAUUGGCGCUGUGGUUAAGCGGACAGCUGAUCAUCAAGUUAAAUGUGGGCGUGACGUCGGGGGAUUUUUCAACAUUCCUUGCAGUUGUUCGCGAAAAUAUUAA